AUUGCUCUUUAGUUUCUCGAAGCCGGGGCACAGUGCUCAGAGGCGUUACAAACACUGUGGCAACAGUGGCAACCUGGCAACGUGAAAAUAAUACUACAAUAGGAGUUGACCAGCCCUGGCGCGCACAUUCGCUCGUGAGAGCCCGGUCGCGCGCGGUCUCCUUUCACGAGGUGUCGAGACGAGCGGUCCACGUGAGUCGAGGAGCGGACGAGUGUGAGCGAGCAAACGAGCCAAUGACCGGCCGACUUAACUGAGCGGAGCAUAGAAGAGCGCGCGCGGGCUUCGAAGCACGCGAUCGAAAGCGACGGGACCGGGAUUUUCACCGAGCCGAGCGGCGGAGUUUCACUUCUAACCUGAAUUCGGCGAGGAGACGAGCGGACGGGCGGGCGGACGGACGCGCGUUUGUACGCUAUACGUGUGCGUUACCUUAGCGUUAUCGGCGUCGACGGUGACUUGUCAUUAUCAGCGAGUAACCGCUAGGCGGAAGAUUCCUCGGCAUCGAGACUCCGCCACUAGGAACGUCGUCGCCGUGGUCGCCAGUAUCGACGAAUAAUCAAUCAGGCAGGUUUGACCGUCGCUGUCAGGAUUACAUAAAUCUCAUCGCGAGGAUCAUCUACGGGAAUCAUGUGGCCGAAGGACGUCGGCAUCCGGGCACUGGAGGUCUACUUCCCAGCGCAGUACGUAGAGCAGACUGAGCUGGAGGCGUACGACGGCGUGGCGGCGGGCAAGUACACGAUCGGUCUGGGUCAGUCACGGAUGGGCUUCUGCAACGACCGCGAGGACAUAAACUCGCUCUGCCUGACGGUCACGCACCGGCUGCUGGAGCGCUACGACAUUAAGCCGCGGGACAUCGGUAGGUUGGAGGUCGGAACUGAGACCAUCGUCGACAAGAGCAAGUCGGUGAAGACCGUGCUGAUGCAGCUGUUCGAGCCGCACGGCUGCACCGACAUCGAGGGCGCGGACACUACCAACGCCUGCUACGGCGGCACUGCCGCGCUCUUCAACGCGAUUGCAUGGGUCGAGAGCAGCGCCUGGGACGGUCGAUUUGCCCUGGUUGUCGCCGCGGACAACGCCGUAUACGAGGCGGGCAGCGCCCGGCCGACCGGCGGCGCGGGCGCGAUCGCCAUCCUGGUCGGCCCGGACGCGCCCCUCGUGUUCGACCGUGGCCUUCGCGCGUCUUGCAUGCGACACGCCUACGAUUUCUAUAAGCCGAACAUGCAGUCCGAGUAUCCGGCCGUAGACGGCAAGCUGUCGAUCCAGUGCUAUCUCAGCGCCCUGGACACUUGUUAUCAGUUGUACCGCGAAAAGGUCGGGAGGAAGCGCUCCGCUGAGAUCCCCGUUACGUUGACGAACUUCGACGCGAUGCUCUUCCACUCGCCGUACUGCAAACUCGUGAGGAAGUCGUUCGCCCGAUUGGCUUUCAUCGAUUUCCUCAACACGCCGGCGAACGAGAUCCCCGACGGUUACAAGGACGUGGCCAAGUUUCACGCUGCUAAGCUCGAGGACACCUACUUCAAUCAGGACAUCGAGAAGGCGUUCAUGCAGCUGAGCAAAACGGACUUUGAGCAAAAGACCCAGCCCAGUCUGCUGAUAGCGAAUCAAGUCGGGAACAUGUACACGCCGUCGGUGUACUCCGGCCUGGUGUCGUUACUCAUCUCGAAGCCGAUCGGCGAACUGGCCGGCAACAAGAUCGGCAUAUUUUCCUACGGCUCUGGGUUCUGCUCCAGCCUGUACUCGUUGACGAUAACGAGGGACACGCGAGAGAAUUCCAGUCUGUCGAAGAUCGUCACUGCUCUUUCCUACGUCAAGUCGCAGCUGGAGGAACGUCAUCGCCUUUCUCCGGAGGAGUACACCAGGGUAUUGGCGUGGAGAGAACAAAAUUGUCACGUUGUGCCAUUUACGCCACAGAGCAGUAUAGACAACAUGUUCCCAGGCACGUAUUACUUAACGCAGGUGGACGAAAAGUACAGGAGGACUUACAAGAGAGUAUGAGGUCACAAUGAAUUAGACUUGAAGGUUUAGGAUUGUUUAUAGCUAAUUUUAUUCUAUGAAGAUAUUACAUAUGUGUAAAAUAAAAGGUUCGAGGUUUUGUUUGGUUAUAAAUUUUUGUCAGAACGAUUAUAUAUUAUUUAUGUUAUAUAUUGGUAACAUGUACACUAUUUAUAUGUUGAUCAUUGGACGAGGUAUUUCCAUGAGAAUUUAUCCCACAAGUUAAGUCUUCCUUAAUGAUUUUUUAUCUCGCUAUACGUUAUAUAUUUUAUUUUUAUUACAUUCAAACGUAAAUUUAUUUUUUAAUAUGAUUCUAAAAUGUGACAAAAUAACAAUCGAUAAUCAUGUAAUUUAUUAAGAAAUGUAAUUAACAAAGAAUUUAUACAUUACACACAUUGGGUAACAAAUAUCAGGUGUAGGUAUGAAUCUCAGGCACUUGCAUGAUUUUAAUAGAAAAUAUUUUGAUAGGACAGAAACUAUUUGCGCCGAUAGCUUCGUUAAUUUAUAAAAUAAAAUAUAACUAUUUUGCAAUGUCAUUUUCUCCUUACAUCGUCAAUUACAGGUGCUUUUAAACAUAUAAUUCGCCGAAGUUUAAUCAUUAUCGUUAUAGCUUGUUGUAUUUAUAUGCGAUAGCGAUGCAAAGUAGCAUUGAAAAGUGCCUUAAGUAUAUAAGACUGUUAUAUACAACGGCAAUUGUUGCAUAAGCAACAUAAGUUGACAGCAACUGUUGUCCAAGUUUAGAAAAAGUUUUAUACACGUUUAUCCUAAUACUGUUUAUUCAAAUUUUUUAAUAUAUGCGAAGAGUAUAAAUUAAUUCGUACAGAUACAUAUUUGAUAUUUAAGAGAUUCAAAUAAAAAUCAGUCUUUGUGAAUUUAGGAUUUGUUUAUUACGAAAGCAUAUCUUUAGAUAUAUUCGUAAUAUUGAAUUAUGUUGUCAACUGGAAUUGUCUUCUCUACCUCGCUCCACCUUUUUUAAUAAAUGCCUGUUAAAUCUACAUUAUUUUAAUGCAAUAAAAAAGUGUUAUUAAGCUAGUGUUUUAUAAUUCCCUUAAUUAUACAUUCACAUUUAAAUAAACAAUGAAUAAUUAUCCGCAACUCCGCGUGAAUAAAUGAUACAUAUGAAUAAAUAUUAAAUCAAUCGGUCACAAUUUUUACAUAAAAAGAUGAUUAACUUUUGGUUAUUCUGAUCUCUGAUGUAUCAUCUUUGAAGUCAGUCUAUAUUAAUGUAAAGCUGAAGCGAUUGAUUUGCAUGUGCGAAGAUUUGUAAUAAGUAAUUGUACUAAGUAAAUGAAUUUUAUUUAAAAUUUACUAAACUAAAAAAUGAUCUCGUCUCGUUAACUCUAACAAAA